AUGAAGGAGAUAGAUUAUAUAGAACAGCAUAAGGAAAAUAUUGAACCACUGAAAGGUGGAAGAUCUGUUUCAAAACUAGCUUCAUUUUACUCCACUUCCGAUACGUACAAGUACCAAAAACAAAAAGCGCAACUUCUCUUGGAAAAGGACAAAUUUGAGUAUAGCAUUGAAAAGUCACAGGAGCUCGAUGACCCGCUACAGGCAUUUGUCGACUAUAUUGAUUGGACUCAUACUCAUUUUCCACAAGGAGCCAAUGUCGAGAGCGGGUUGGUGCUCUUGCUAGAGCGAUGCACAUCGUGCUUUCGAGAUGUACCGCAAUACAAAAACGACCCACGGUAUUUAAAAGUAUGGAUUGAAUACAUCAAGUAUUCAGAUUCACCAAGAGACAUAUUCAUAUAUUUGGCCAAAAAACAGAUUGGAGUGCAGCUAGCGAUAUAUUACGAAGAGUUUGCACAUUUUCUUGAACUGGAAGGCAAAAUUACUGAUGCCAGGGAGAUAUACGAGUUAGGAAUCCAACUUCUGGCAUUUCCACUUGAAAGACUUCGGAAAUCUUUUAAAUUUUUUAAUGAGCGUAUUAACGCUAAUACAAUACCGGGAGUGGAAGAAUCAAGUCGAAUAGCGCCAAGUGAAAAACACGGUCCUGCUAGUGUAGCAGCUAGUGCAGCUGAAGAUCGAGCCAAUUCACCCAAUGAAGGAGGGGAAUAUUUGGAACCCAAAAUGAAAAAAUCAAAAAUUGAUAUAUAUCAAGAUAUCGACCAGAGCAGCCGAAGCGUGCUAUUGUCUAUAUUUGAUGAUGUUGGAGAUGUUCAUUUACAGAGCAAACUACAAAGAACAAAGGAGAAUGUUAUACCUGCUGUACAGUGGCAAGGACAAAUCUUGAAGCAGAAGGAGAAGCGACAGAUUCGACUGUCGGAUAAAAUUGAGAUAUUUCGAGACGAAGACAACAGUGAAGCAUCUCUGAGUGAAAGCAAGAAGCAACUGGACCCUGGAUUUAAACAACGAGUGUGCACAGACCGUUUAGGAGGCAACGAAAACUUGUACUACACUUUGGUAGAGGUUACUGGUAAAAGACCGGAGCGAGUGAUGAUCAACAUGGACUUAUUAUACCCUGUUCAUCUGGAAGAGCUAGGCUUUAGCGAACUACUAGCUAUAACACGUUACAGACAGCGCAUGAGCAAAUCUUUAAAUUGCAAUUCUCCAAAGCCUAUUGACAAAACCAAGGUUGCAGAAAUUACUGAAACAUUUACAAUACCACUAAAUGAUGAUCAUACAAUGAAAAUUAGAGAUCCUACACUUACCGCUGUGACAAAAUUAGCGCAGAACGACGUGCUUGAUAUGUUUAAUGGUUCUCCGCCGGCGGAGCUAACGGAAGAUGAAGACAAUAAUGUGGUCGAACCCACUGUAACUAACUUGGAAGGAUUUGUCACUGAAACCUUGCACCCAAAGGAACAUGUUGAAGAAUUUUAUAGAGAAAAUAAUGGCCACCAGAGUGUUGGUUAUCAUAAUCAGAAAGAUGGUAGUAACAGCCAAGAAGUCCAAGUUCCUCAGCUCCACCAACAUCACCAACACUACCAGCAUCACCAACACUACCAGCAUCACCAACACCACUAUGACAACUACCAUCAUGACAAUUCAAUACCAACACAAGUGGACUCGCUUUCCCCGCAGGUGAACCGUGAGAUACACACGGGGGCUUCUAAAAUAGAAGGACAGCAAAUUAUCGAUCCGUUUUCUCAUGCCCUCCAGGAUCACAUAAUUGAGGAAUCAAAUAUACCCAUAAGCCUUUUUCCUGGCUUUUGUGACCGAUCCAAUAAAUCGAUGGAAUUUGUAGCAAAGCAGCGCAGAAAUAGCACUGGUUUUCUGAAAUCAAUCAGCAGAGCUUCUAAACUGUCAAUGAUUGAUUGCGGAGGGGAUGAGCUAUUCUGCUUGAUACGAAAGCUAGGUGACGGGGGCUAUGGCUAUGUGUACUUGGUGGAAUCGGCAUCUAGUGGCGCAUCUAAAGCUCUCAAGGUUGAGAACCCAGCUUCUAAAUGGGAAUUUUACAUUUUGCACCAAAUCAAUAAGAGAUUGUUGAAAUCACCAGAACAUAGCAGGUUGUUUAUCAAAUGUGAAGCCCUAUAUUUGUUUCGCGAUGAAAGCUUUUUGAUUUUAGAUUAUUAUCCUCACGGUUCUUUAUUAGACCUUGUUAAUUUAUUCCGAUCCCAAAAUCGAGCAGUUGAUGAGGAUUUGUGUAUAUUUUUAACCAUUGAGUUAAUCAAGAGUACAAAUGUUUUGCAUGAAAUUGGAAUCAUUCACGGUGACUUGAAAGCUGACAAUUGCAUGCUUCGAUUAAAUCAUGUGGAUGACCACGUGUGGAGUGAAGUUUAUGAUGGAAAAGGGCAAAAUGGCUGGGAUGGAAAAGGAAUCACGAUUAUUGAUUUUGGCAGAGCAAUCGAUAUGACUGCUUUUCGAAACAACGACAAAAACCGGAGCAGCAACAACGCAAUUGAAAAUGAAAACAAAACAAGUGUCCAAUUUGUUUCUCAUCUUAUAACUGAUGACCAAGAUUGUCCGCAAAUGAAUGAGGGCAGACCAUGGACUUUUGAAGCUGAUUACUAUGGAUUGGCUUGCAUUGUACAUACACUACUAUUCGGCAGCUAUCUAAAGGUGAAUGCUUCAACCUCUACUGCAAUGAGAACAUCAGUUACGUCCAGCACUAUAGCUCCGACCUCUAUACGCGUUGGCAAAGUGCGUCCGCAACAAAAUUUUAAACGGUACUGGCAAACCAAUCUUUGGGAACCACUUUUUGAUAUACUUUUGAACCCCAAAAUUGAAAAUAGCGGAAAUAAUAGUGAAAAUAAAGAUAAUUUUCAAAUUGCGGUUGCUGAGAAAUUGAGGGAUAUUCAAGUAGAGAUGGAGAUUUGGCUUGAGAGAAAUUCAAAAAGCCAUAAUCUCAAGUCCAAACUCAAGUCACUUGAACUGGAUCUUGCAGCUAUACACAAAGUAUAA